AUGAACCCCCCCGAGGACGGCCUCUCUUCCAAGGCUGCUACCAGUCCUGCCUUGUUCAACCGUUGUGUUCUCAAUUGGUUUGGUGACUGGUCCGACCAAGCCCUGUUCCAGGUCGGCCAUGAGCUCACCCAGUCUAUCGAUCUGGACCGAAGCAAUUUCGAAUGCCCUGAUACCGUCCCUGUGGCCUAUCGUGGCCUGCAGCUGCCUCCAUCCCAUCGCGAGACCGUUGUCAACUCUAUGGUUUACAUUCACUACUCCUUGCAACGGUACAAUGAGAAGCUCUUCAAGCAACAGGGCAAGGUCACUUUCCUAACCCCUCGUCACUUCCUCGAUUUCGUUGCCCAGUACGUCAAGCUUUAUAACGAGAAACGGGAGGAUCUCGAGGAACAGCAACGCCACCUGAAUGUUGGCCUAGAGAAGCUCAGAGACACUGUCGACAAGGUUCGAGAUCUAAGAGUAAGCCUGGCAGAGAAGAAGAAACAACUGGAGCAGAAGGAUGCCGAGGCCAAUGAGAAGCUGCAACGAAUGGUGGCUGAUCAGCGACUGGCGGAGCAAGAAAAGACCGCAUCGCUUGAGAUCCAGGCUGCUUUGGAUAAGCAAGAAGUUGAGGUUGCGUCACGGAAGAAGGUUGUGCUGGAGGAUCUGGCAAAGGCAGAACCUGCGGUCGAGGAAGCAAAGGCUAGCGUCAGUAACAUCAAGCGUCAACACUUGACUGAAGUCAGAUCCAUGGGCAAUCCACCUCAAGGUGUGCGGCUUGCUAUGGACGCCGUGUGUACGCUUCUUGGUCACAGGAUCAACGAUUGGAAGGCCGUACAGGGUAUCGUACGAAAGGAUGACUUCAUCGCUAGCAUUCUCAUGUUCGACAACGCCAAGCAAAUGACGAAGGCUCUCAGGAACAAGAUGCGUAACGAUUUCCUGUCCAACCCUGAAUUUACAUUCGAGAAGGUCAACCGCGCCUCGAAGGCCUGCGGACCCCUCGUUCAGUGGGUCAGCGCUCAAGUCAACUACUUCGACAUUCUUGAUCGUGUUGGCCCUCUCAAGCUCGAGGUCGAGGAAUUGGAGGAGAAAGCUCUGAACACCAAAGCAGACGCCAAGGCUGUGCAGAACAAGAUUGCAGACCUGGAAUCUAGCAUAAAUAGGUACAAGACGGAAUAUGCUGCGCUAAUUAGCGAGACACAAUCUAUCAAAGCCGAGAUGUCCAAGGUCCAGUUCAAGGUCGAUCGCAGUGUUAGGCUUCUCGACAGCUUGUCCUCGGAACGAGUUCGCUGGGAAGAGGGAAGCAAGUCUUUUGAGAUCCAAAUCAGCACAUUGGUCGGAGAUGUCCUUGUUGCUGCUGCUUUCUUGGCCUACAGCGGCCUCUAUGACCAGACUUCCGAAAAGUUCCUGCAGAGAGAAUGCAAAGAUCGACGCCUGACAGUGACUAGUUUCUUGGAUGAUACGUUUACCAAGCAACUCGAGAGUUCUCUUCGGUUCGGAAACCCCAUCCUAAUCCAGGAUGCGGAGCAUUUGGAUCCCAUCCUCAACCACGUCCUCAACAAGGAAUACCAGAAGACAGGUGGCCGUGUCCUCAUUCAACUGGGCAAGCAGGAGAUCGACUUUUCGCCUGCCUUCAAGAUCUAUCUAUCCACUCGUGACCCAUCGGCUACUUUCGCUCCUGAUAUUUGCAGUCGAACCACUUUUGUCAACUUUACUGUCACACAGAGCAGUCUUCAGACUCAGUCUCUUAACGAUGUACUCAAGUCUGAGCGUCCUGAUGUUGACGAGCGGCGUUCCAACCUCAUCAAGCUUCAGGGAGAGUUCAAGGUCCAUUUGCGACAGCUGGAGAAACGACUACUUCAGGCCCUCAACGAGUCUCGUGGCAACAUUCUCGAUGAUGACAACGUCAUUGAAACUCUAGAGACUCUCAAGACUGAGGCUGCAGAAAUUUCUGGCAAGAUGAGCAGCACCGAAGGUGUCAUGGCUGAAGUCGAGGAGAUUACACAACAGUACAGUAUCGUCGCCCGAUCAUGUAGUGCCGUCUUUGCUGUUCUUGAACAACUCCACUACCUCAACCAUUUCUACCAAUUCUCGCUCCAGUACUUCCUCGACAUUUUCCAUUCGGUGCUCCACGGAAACAAAAAUUUGGCUGGCCAGACUGACCACAAUGUCCGGCGUGAUGUUAUCGUCAAGGAUCUUUUCAUCAACACGUUCAAGCGAACCGCUCUGGGUCUGCUCCAGAAGGAUCGGGUGACUCUUGGGAUGCUCCUCGCACAGGCUUCGCCCUACAAGAUGGACAAGUCUUUGAUUGACAUCAUCCUCGAUAACAGUGUUGAAGGUAAGGACCUCUCUUCAGAUCCCGAUGAGAGAGAUCUGGCCUUCACCCAGGCUAAGAAGAUUGGUGUUCUCAAGGAAAAAUUGGACGCCGUCCCUGCUGAGGAUUGGGAUAAGUUCUUUACCGAGGAGUUAGCCGAGAACGCUGUGCCACCGAUCUGGGAUGAUAGGACCGAGGCCAUGGAUCGAGCACUCCUGUCUCUUCUGCUCGUAAAGCUUUUCAGGAUGGACCGGUUUGUUCCUGCUGCUGAACGUUUCGUCAACGAGGUUUUUGGCUCGGGCAUCUUUGACGUCGUCGAAGACCUCAAAGAGACAGUUACUCAAGUGUCGGCUACAUUGCCAAUCUCUCUGGUGUCGAGCCCCGGUUUCGAUGCCAGUUACAAGGUGGAUAAUUUGGUGGAGAGAAUGCGUGUCAAGUGCACAAACAUUGCCAUGGGUUCCAAUGAAGGCCUGGCCAGUGCGGACAAAGCAAUUAGCAACGCCGCUCAAACGGGCUCAUGGGUCUUGGUCAAGAACGUUCACUUGGCCCCUACCUGGCUACAGAGUCUGGAGAAGCGCAUGGGGUCACUCAACCCUCACUCAGACUUCCGUCUGUUCCUGUCCAUGGAGUCAAGCCUGAAGAUCCCAGUCAACCUGCUCCGGGCCUCUCGCGUGCUCAUGUACGAGCAACCCGCUGGUGUUAGGGCCAACAUGAAGGACUCUAUGUCUUCCCUGUCUACACGAGCUACCAAGAGCCCUGUCGAGAGAACUCGUCUUUACUUGCUUCUAUCUUUCUUGCAUGCAGUGGUGCAAGAAAGAUUGCGAUACGCACCCAAUCUGGGUUGGAGGGGAUUCUGGGAGUUUAAUGAUAGUGAUUAUGAAUGUUCUGCGUUCAUCGUUGAUACUUGGAUUGACGGAGUGGCUGGAAGCCGGACCAAUAUUGCUCCCCAGAACAUUCCUUGGGAGAUGCUCCGCUACAUGGUGACUGAGACUUACGGUGGCAAGAUCGAUGAUGAAGGGGACUUUAGACUGCUCUCUCAACUCGUCACAUCGUUCUUGACUCCUGCCGCCUACGAAGUUGACCACAAACUCGUUGAUGGGCCUGACGGCGGCCUUGCUGUGCCCUCCGGCACGAAUCUACAGGACUUCAAUGCUUGGAUUCACCGCCUACCCGAGCGCGAGCCGCCUACCUACCUUGGCCUUCCUGCCAAUGCUGAGAAACUCCUUCUCGGCGAUCUUGGUCGAAGUUUGAUUGGGAACGUGCGCAAGGUCACAGAGCUACUUGAUGAAGGCGAGCAGUUGGUGACGGACGUGUAG